CAAUGGCCGACGCCCGAGCGGAAGCGGAAGCCCAGGUCCAAGUGCCCGACGGCAAGAAGAAGAAGAACCGCCGCCGCGGACGUCGCAAGCCCAAGAAACAGAGACAGCAGAGAGACGGCCCAGCGACAGAGUUGAUCGGCCUUGUGACGGAUGCCAUGGCGGUCGAAGCUGCGGCCGUCCUCGAGCCUGCCGCUCCCGCGCUCGCUGUCGCCGCAUCGCUUGCCGCUUCCGGGGCCGGCUCGUCGGCUCUUGCGGCAGUCGCGGCUAUAGGUACUGUCCUCGAGCCUGCCGCUCCCGAGCUCGCUGUCGUCGCAUCGCCUGCCGCUUCCGGGACCGGCUCGUCGGCUAUAGGUACCGCUAUAUCUCGUCGCAACAGGGCAAGAAAGCGCGAUGUGCCUGACAUCAACCCCGGUACAAAAGGCGCCAACGCGACUGGCACUUGCGUCCGGGAGGCUCUCAUGGCGACAUUCCGAUUCCUCAAGGGCCAGCACAACACUACGAUCACGUCCAAACUCAUCGACAACUUUCUCGUCGAGCAUGAGAAUCUCGAGCUCGGCAAGGGCGUGCCGGACAAGUCGUAUUCUGCGCUUUUGGACUUCUUGCGCAAACAUGGCUUUGAUAUCGACCGCCAAAUCUACGGCAAGAGCCUCUUGAAGCAACGGGCGCGCGACGACAAGCAAAACGAUAUCAUUACGACAUGCGAGACGCCCGGCGCGUACCAUGUCGUGACGUUCGAAGACCCGGGCUUCCGCCAGCACCUCAUGGCCGUGCGCGUCCGCGAAGAGAAGAAUGGCAAGAUCAGUCGCUGUUACUUCGAAGACAGUAAAUGGAAGGCGCUGUCGACGCUCCGGUUCGUCCGGAGCACGACGAUCCGCAGCAUCUGCCGGGUCCAGCUCAAAGACAACGACACCACGACCCAUCGCACGAAACCGAUUGAACCAAACGCGACCGAUCAUACGCCCAAGGAGGUAAUCGAUCUCACGAGCGACAACGAAGACGGCGAGCCCAAGAAGCGUCAGCGAUUUGCCGUGAUGGAAUUCCUAGUUUGACCGUCCAAUCAAUUCGACAUUCCUUUUUGCA